AUGGCGUCGUUCAGUGAGCAAGCAAGAAUGAAAGAGCUGUUUAAUAAAAUGACUCUUGGCGUUGUUCGCUCGUUAGAAAAUAGGCCAGGAGUGACUGAAGUACGAUUACUCGAUAGAAAACCAGCUGCAAAAUCAAUUAUUGAUACAUGGGAACAGAGCAACAUGUGCAUUCUUCCUCAAGACAUACGAAGUUUCUUCCUGACAUCUAAUGGUCUUUUAAUACAGUGGUGUGUUAAAUUUGGGGGGAACAUGUUUCCACUUGGAAAAAUGGAAAUCAACUCAGUCGCUGGGCUUAUUCCACUGACUAAAUCCCAGACACCUGCUGAUGAUAAUCCAUCAUUACUAGAUGUUGAUAGCCUGACUGAUGAAGAAGAUGAACAAGGUCACGUGAAGCCUCAUUUUGACAAUAGAUGUAAAGUAUUUGAAGUUGAUCCAUGUGAUGGAAGUGGAAAGGUCUGUUUAGUCUAUAAACAUAUUAGAGCAGGUGUGACAACAAGUCAGCCAGAGGUAUGGUUUUUAGAUCGUUCUCUGGAAUGGUCCUUUCUUGCCAACAAUUUUUCAGACUACUUCAGGAUGAUGAUCACCCAUCUUGGCUUACCAUUAUGGCAGUACAUUUUCACAAGCACUGGCAUUAGCCCUGAAACUAAGCAAUGGUUUAAUCUUUAUGCUCCAAUGCGCUUGGCAAUUGACACAGAAUUCUCAACUAUCUGCGAUGAAAUCUCAUCAGGUGAAGGCAAUCCUCUGAACAAACUUGAUAUCAAUAGACUAUUUAAAGGAAAGGUUGAUAAGAGUAGAGGGCGACCACCACAAGCCAAGAAACCACAAGGAACUAGAACAAGUCAUACUCGCACAGGACAAAGAGGAGUUACCAGAUGAGAAAUUUCUCAGGUUUUCAUUUGUCGGGGUUUAUCUUAUGUGCAUAAAACUUUGAUGGCUGGAAAUCUGAGUCUACAAAAAUUCUAAAGCUCUUAAAUUAUUACUUAACAUCAUCACUUCAGUACUCACUUYGAUGAGCUAGUACUGUCUAGAUUUUAUGAUAAAUCCAUUAUUUAUUUUGUAAUGUAAUCAAAGCAGUAUAUAAAUAUCUGGAAUGUAUUAAAUAAAUUUAUAAGUAUCCUAAACAUUUAUUAUU